AUGAUUCCUCCACAAGCAGCUAAUAAUCAUCAACAACGACCAACAAAUCUCCAAGCCUUGCAUCAACAACAUCAACAUUCACUGAGAACAACAUCAGGAUUUACAAAUGCUCCAUUUUCUAAAUCUAUACUAGGACUUGUGGUGAUAUUGAAUUUUAUGAAGGCUCUUCUCGGAAGGGAUCGAUUGGAUUUUUCUCCUAAAUUAUCAGUUUUUAGAUCGAUAGUACAAUAUGGAUUUACUGGACAUUUUGUUUUUUCAACUAAUAUUGAAUUGUUAUUGGGUUGUAUUGCAAUUUACUUUUUCCGUUUGUUUGAAAGGCAUUGGGGAUCACAAAAGUUUGCUAAAUUCUAUUUGUUUACUACUUAUGCAUCCUUCAUAUUGCAAUAUGUUCUUACGUCAUCAUUGACUAGUAGAAAGAUGUUAAUUAGUGGACCUUAUGGAUUCUUAUUUGCUGCUCUUUUGGUUUAUAUUAUUGAUAUUCCAUCAACAGCCAAUUUGAAAUUGUUUAAUAUGAUUCCAAUUACUGACAAGCAAACAAUUUACGUAGUAUUUGUCCAAUUAAUUUUGAGUAGCUUCCCACAAACUCUAGUUCCAGCUCUUAGUGGAGCUCUUGCUGGAACUAUUUAUCAAUACAUUUUGUGUAGAGUUUUGAAAUUGGAUAGAAAGAUUAAAUUCCCAAAGAUUGUACUUGCAUUGGCAGAUCAAAUCAAACAAACCAUUCAAGGAAGUCCUGUAAAUACAACAAAUGCCAACAAUAAUAGUAGAUGGAAUUUCCGAACAAGAAUUGAACGAUGUUUUGAAUAA